AUCAAGUUUCAUUCUUUCCACUUCCAAUCCCUAAUUUAUUGCCAUUAUUUUCCCCUUUUCAAAAUCAGUUCAUUUCGCUUACCGUGUUCCCACAACCGAAACAAAAGCUUCCCCAUUUUGCUUCAUCGUGCGAACAAGCUCCACCCAACCCUAAGUCGAAAACUUGAACUUUCGUUGUUCGAAAUUAGACUCUGAUUACAGAAGAAAAGACAUGGCCGCAAGAACAGUUGCCAAAGACAUAAUCACUCUUCGCGGUUCCGCAGCAAUCGUUAGCGAGUUCUUCGGAUAUGCUGCCAACAGCAUUCUCUACAACCGUGGAGUUUAUCCAGAAGAAAGCUUUGUGAAGGUUAAGAAAUAUGGCCUCCCCAUGUUGCUAACGGAAGAUGAGGGUGUCAAAUCUUUUCUAGCAAAUCUAACUGCUCAGCUCUCUGAAUGGCUUGAAGCUGGCAAGUUGCAGAGGGUGGUCCUUGUUAUAAUGAGCAAGGCCACCAGUGAAGUGCUUGAAAGGUGGAACUUCAGCAUUGAGACUGACAGUGAGGUUGUUGAGAAGGGAGUCUCAAGGGAAAAGAGUGACAAGGAGAUCAUGAGAGAGAUACAAGCGAUUAUGAGGCAGAUUGCUUCAAGUAUCACUUAUUUGCCAUGCCUGGAUGAACCUUGUGUUUUUGAUGUGUUAGCCUAUACUGACAAAGAUGUGGCAGUUCCAUUCACAUGGGUUGAGAGUGAUCCAAAACUGAUUGCAAAUCCGCAAAUGGUGAAAUUGCAUUCCUUUGAUACUAAGAUUCACAAGGUUGACACUCUUGUAUCAUACAAGAAUGACGAAUGGGAUGAGCAGUAGAGGCCGUCUUUGUCUUGUAUCUUUUGUUCAGCUUGUAUCAUACAAGAAUGACGAGAAUGUGUUUUGUUUCUUCAGUUCUUGAGUGAAUUUCCUGUUGUUAGCCCUGUCAAUUGUGAAUUUUCUAUUCACAUUGUUAGAUGUAUGUACUACUGUGGGAUUCAACGGGUAUUAGUAUUAAUCCUCCUCCCUUCUGUAUGUUUGACUUGUUGUGGCAGUAAGAAUUGCCAUGGUAGGGAUCUCAAGAAAUCUCCCUGUUCUUUUCAGAGAAGGUUGGAUUCAUCCAUCAUUUCAUUCAGUCUUGUGAAACAAAUGCCUCAUUAUGAGUAUUAAUUCAUUUCUGGUUCUGGUUGUUGAAACUAAGCAUCUAAGUAGCGUGGGAUCAUAAAUAACAAAUGAUGAUAAUUAGUGAAGAUAUGUUUUGAUUUCGAA